AUGGACGCGCCGGCGGCCCCUGCUGCCGCCGGCGCUGCGCCGAGCCUGACGUUUGCGUGGCUGGGUGACCCGUCCCCUGAUGCGGGGGGCCUGCUGCUCUACUACCAGUCGUUCCAGUUCUGCGCCACCACCUACGCGGUGGGAGACCACGUCUACCUCACGCCAGAGGACCAGGGCGCGCCGCUUUAUCUGGCGCGCAUCACAGCGGCGUUUGAGGACACGCAGCAGCAGGGCGGGGACCGGCUGUGUGUCGAGGUCCAGUGGUACGAGCGGCGCAACAACAUGCCGCCCGCGCUGCAGGAGGGCAUGCAUGAGCGGGAGGUGGUGGAGUGGCUGCAGACCGACACCAACCUCGUGGGCUGCAUUGAGCGCAAGGCGCGCGUCGUCAAGGCGCGCAGCUACGAGGAGGCCGCGGCCCAGCUGCCCCCUGAGGAGGCCGGUGGUGAGUGGCACUUCUGCCGCGGCGUGCUGGAGGUGGAGAGCAUGGAGUUCAGGAGCUACGAGGAGGUGGACGCAGAUCCCGCCAUGUGCGUGGACCCGCGCUCCGGCCAGGUCAUGCGGCGGCCGGCGGCGGGCCCCGGCGGCAGCGUGGCGCUGGGCGGCAGGGGCGGCGUCGACCUUGGCUCGCAGGCACACUGGCCAUCGAGCUGA